AUGGACGCCCCCCAGCAAGGCUCUCUGAGCUGGCGACUAAGCUCACACCCCAUAACCCUCCUCUGCUUCCUCGGAUUCCGUCUGUCAAGUCUCCUGACCUACCUCUUCGGCCUCUACUUCAGCACAAACUACGUCCUAAUCUUCAUCAUAACAAUCAUCCUCCUCGCCAUCGACUUUUACUAUCUCAAAAACAUUGCUGGAAGAAGAUUGGUGGGGCUGCGUUGGUGGAAUGAAGUCAAUGCUACCUCUGGAGAUGGAAACUGGGUGUUUGAAUCUGCGGACCCGGAUUCAAGACAGAUCAAUGCGACCGACAAGAGGUUCUUUUGGUUGGCCUUGUACUCGCAGCCCGUCAGUUGGGUUGUGUUGGGUAUUGUUGCAAUCUUCAGGUUGCAUUUUAUUUGGUUGAGUUUGGUUGUCAUCGCCAUCGUGCUUGCUGUUACGAAUACCCUUGCCUUUUCGCGUUGCGACAAGUUCAGCCAGGCCACGAAUAUCGCAACUGGAGCCUUCUCUGCCAGCGGCCUUGCGAGCAAUCUUGGCGGCGCUGUGCUGGGUCGUUUCUUCAGAUGA